UGCGCAAGUCGCUAGUGGAACAGUUGCAGAUAGCGUUGGCCGGACGCUGCUUCGAAAAUUUCUACGAAACCGUAUCAUUUCGCUCGUGUCCGUGUGUGUGUGUGUGUUUUGUAGCUUGUUUUCAUCAGUUGCGCUGGAUGCAAGGUGAUAACUUUGCGCUUUUGGCGUUUGUGGCGGAGAUCUCGUCGACUAGGGGUCGCCUGUUUGUGGUGAAGAAAUAAAAGUGUUACCUCCAGACAAAAUACGCCGACCUCGGCGAAUUCGCUUUCCUUCCGGGAAAAAUGGCCAUCGGAGCACCACUGCUGGCCAUGCUGCUGGUUCCGGUUGCCGUCGCGCAGCUGGAUGGGAGUUUCUGGUGGAUGAACGGCAACCUGCUCAAGCAGGCGGAUGCACUGCGUGAAACGAAGGACGUAAAGGCGAUAGUUGUGAACAAGGACUCCCCGGUCGAUGAGGUACGCAUUGCAGGAAAUUCGCUCGCCUACAGCAAUGCACCGGAUUGCAUCUGCGUACCGGUCGGUCGAUGCCGCCACGGUCAGGGUUCGGCCAACGGUCCGGCGGUAAGGGAUGGUCUAUGUGGUGCUGAUAAUGUAUGCUGUCGGAGUAACCAUAUUCUAGCGCUCGAGGCUACCUCUACGAGGACACCUACAACAAUUCUUCCAUCCACUAAAUUGGAACCAAUCGAUGGAUUUACAUUCGAUAGCCGACCGGAUUCUCAGGCCGUGUCGAUUGAUCAAAACCUACAUCCCACUGAAUACGACCCAACCUUGUUGCUUGAGCUGUCGAAUUUUUUGCUAACUCAUAGCGUGGGGAAUGAAUUGGAACCAAUCGAAACGAAUGUCCUGGCAUUCGAUCAAGCAACUACCACUCAAGGUACAAUAACCACCACCACCACUACCGGUAGCAGUAUCAUAUCUAUGAGCAGUUCCACCGAUAAAUGCGGCGUAAGGCGCCAGACCGUCAGCAGCCAGGUAGUUUUCCAUGAUGAUGUUGAUGCACCAAUCGAAUCUCCUCAGGUUAGUUUUGCAAGUUUCGGUGAGUUUCCUUGGACGGUAGCUAUCUACCAAGUCAUCAAAAACGGAUCGUUCGUGUAUCGCUGUGGUGCUGCUCUACUCAGCGCGAACAUCUUAGUAACAGCUGCGCACUGUGUUUCUGAUAACCGUAUGCAUCCAGGACGUUUCGUUGUGCAUGCAGGAGACUGGGAUCGCAGGCACACACGGCUACCUCAUCAGGAACGUGCGGUUAGCAAAAUAGUCGUACACCCCAAUUACUACUCUGGUGCACUGUUCAACGAUGUAGCUCUGCUUUUUCUUAACGAACCAUUCAACGAUACACUGCCAAACGUUGGACCGAUAUGCUUACCGAAUGCAGUGGUUAGCAAUCACGAAUACACUGACUGUAUGGUAGUUGGAUGGGGUGGUACUCCUAAAAGCAAUGACGUCCAGCAUGUUUUGCAAUACACUAUGCUGGCUUUAAUAGACCGGAGCUCCUGUGAAGCGUUGCUACGGAAGCAACCAUCUCUUGGGCGUAAGUUUCAGCUGCAUGAUAGCUUCGUCUGUGCUCUUGGUAGCAGAAAGGCCGAUUCUUGUCAAGGAUCAGGCGGCAGUCCUUUCGUGUGCAACCGUAAUGGCCGAUACUAUCUGAUAGGUUUGGUUUCCUGGGGCAUCGGUUGCGGAGAAGGAGUUCCUGCAGUACUGAGCAAUACAGCAGGGCUCAGCAAUUGGAUCAGGGCACAGUAGUUUAUCAAACACAUUCUACGGUUUAGUUUUAGACUUUUCGAAAUAAUGUAGAUUUGGCAUUGAGCAAGGUACACAAUACGGGGAAUAAAGUACGCCAAUACAAGACAUGUUAAUAAAAAGCAAAUUGAUUGCAUAAAUUCCUAAUUACAAGUGGUGAAUGGAAAAAGUAUUUUAAAAU